ACUCAUACAGCUACCAGACCAAAUGGCUCUCACAAAAAGACGAAACUGAAGUGUACACUGGUAGCGCCGUGUCAACAGCAUAUACCAAACUAUUUCACGCAGCGACUGACUCAACCCAGUGUCGUUAUAUAAAUUACGCUUAACCUGAUAAGCAAUGCUGAAUUACGAACGGUCUCCAUUUCUAGAAAAUUGCGCAUGCGCAUUUGCCGUUGGAAAUUUAAGCGCAAGCAAGUUGAAAACUGAAAAGGAAAAAAAAUAGGCAUUGUGUGGGUCAUAAGCUGUGCAGCGUAUUUCCGAUGUUUAAAUUGGGCAGCUUCUAGAAGGCGUUGACUUGAUACAAACAACUGAAGGCAUUAGAAAUAUACAAAGUAAACAAUAGUGCCUCUAUUAUAAUAUAUUAUGAGAACAGGGAAAGACGAGUGUUUGUUGGUAGUUGUUGAUGUAGGGACGACAUAAAACUGGAACGUGUAAACAAAUUUCCUUCCAUGCCCCGAUAUCUUCUGUAUAUAUCAUAUGUCGGAACAUAUUUCAGGGCAGUGCAGAAGCAAACUUUCCGGACAGAACCUGAAGUCAAAGAUCCGGAGUCUGUGCAAGGAAUUCUGGAAAUAGCAUGUAGAAGAUUUAAGCCGGCAAAUGAACCAAAAGUGUAUGUUUCUAGCAGAACUGACAAAGGUGUCCAUGCGUUACUUUCAUCUGCCCAUGUUGAUCUAGAGCGCCAUACAGGUGGUGGGUAUGACCCAGAGUGUCUGACUGUAGGUUUCAACAGGUAUUUUGAGAAGGCCAAAGUUGGACUUAGAGUGCAAAAGUGUCAGCUAGUCCCAGAUACAUUUCAUUCAAGACAUAGUGCAAAGUGCAGAACCUACUUGUACCGUCUAGCUGUGAGGAAACAAAAUGCACCAACACUACAAAAGAUGGGCUUCAAAUACUUGGCUGAAAUACCAUUUUCUGAAUGGAGGAGAUGUUAUUUUAUACAGAAUCCAGAAUUCAAUGUUGAUGCAAUGAAACAAGCCGCCGCACUUUUCCCAGGAAUAAAAGAUUUCAGGUCAUUUAUGGGUGCUUCGCGAGACGAUCGGGACAUCAGGACUGUAAGAAGUAUGAAAGAACUCUGUAUCAAACCUGGCCAGCAAUUUCUGAGCGAUGAUUAUAUGCCAAGUUGUAAGCAUUAUGAUUUUUGGGAAGUAACGUGUAAAGGGCAGUCAUUUUUGUAUCGACAGGUACGAAGAACUGUAGCAGCUCUGAUUGCAGUGGCUCAAGGAAGACUAACUGUGGAAGACGUCCAGUACAUGUUAGAUGUACCUAGUAAAGACAGUUGGAAUCCUAAGGCUGUUACAGUACCCCCCUAUGGGUUGUUCCUUGUUAAUGUAGAAUAUGAUCCACAAGAUCUUUUAUAUGAAAUAAACUGAUAAUCAGUGGACAGAGAACAACAAUUUGUAGAGAUGUGUUAAAUGUUUAUAAAUCUUGCAAUGAGCUUCUUAAGUAGUUUAAUACAAAAAAAGCAACAUCUUCGGCCUUGUCAAACCACAGUAACUUCUCCAGAUGGCAGAGUUCACAGAGAGAUUAUUAAAGAUGGUAAAUGCGUGCACUUGCCACAGACAGAUUCAUUAGCACCUGGCUAUGUUGUUGAUACAAAUCCUGAUCUGAAGGUUGCUCUCGUAUUACCAGGUCUUUUCUGUGGCUCCCAGGAUGUUGUACAAGAUGUUAAUCUUCUUCAUAAUUAUGAAAUAACACACAUAUUAAGUUUAGGUGUGAGAGUUGAACAGUUUGAUGGUUUUGAGUAUAAAUUUGUUGAAGCUCUGGAUCUACCUGACACAGACAUUGUAUCAUUUUUAGAGCCAAGCUUUGAGUUUUUAAAAAAAGUGAAAGACAGUAAUGGAUGUGUGUUUAUUCACUGCAAUGCUGGUAUAUCUAGAUCUGCUACUGUUGUAAUAGCUUACCUCAUGAAAGAAUGUGAUAUGACAUUUACAGAAGCAUUUACAUACUUGAAGGAGAGAAGGGAAGCAAUUAGACCAAAUGAUGGGUUUAUCAAACAACUUAAACAGUACGAAAAUUCAUUAAAAACCACAAUUUAAUAGUAUCAACAUUGAUAUAUUAUAUAAUAAUCUCCAGCGUAAAAACAAAUUUGGAAUGUGUGCAAAAAUAUAAAUAAUGUAUGUAUAUAUUAAGUACAUCAGUAUAAAUUAUCAGGUCCCCAGUGAAUUCAGUAUGAGCAAAUUCUUACAGUAUUUAAACCCCUUCAGAGUCUCCAAAUUAAAACAGCUUGUUAAAAAAAAAUUGAAAAGUUUAAAUAUUUUUUACAAAUAUACAUUUCAUAUACAUUUUUGUUACAUUGGCUAAGCCACUAAGCUGUGGAAUGGUACACGAUGACUUCUGCACCUUAGUUCAUUCUCCAUUUAAGGUUGGUUUUUUUAUUUUAGGAAAAACAUUCAGUAACACAUUUUGUUCAUUGGCAAUGAAUGCCAUAAAUCGACAUUGUGAUGUUGUAGUACUGUGACUGUUGUGAUUACAAUAUCCUGAGUCAUCAAUAUCUUAAUGGUACAGGGUGUUAUGUAUAAGAUCUAAGCCUGCUGGUUAAAAAUACUCUCAACUUCAUGAUAGAUUUCCAUUUACAAGUUAAAACUGCUGUGAGUCAAAUAAUUCCUUUAGGUCACAUUCAACUGAGAUUACAUUACAGUGAUGAAGGUGCUGCUUGUGAUGCAUAAAUUUAUUUGGACUGAUUAGUUUGGAAGAAAGCAGAGCGUUCUUGAAUAACAGCAACAUAUUUUAAGUAAGCAGGGUUAUUUUAUGAACUCAGCAAGAGGUCUUAUGUUACUAAUACUCUACCAACAUAUGUAAAUGCCUAAAAAUAAAUGCUAUUAAUACUGAGCAUACACCAACAAGGAAUUUCCAUUCCUUACAUAAACGUAAGAAAACAAAAUUAGAUGCUGACACACACACACACACAC